AUGGCUCACUGCGUUUCUUCCAUUCAGGGAGUCACCGGUGAGUUGCGGCCUACAAGUCCCUUCACCUUCGUGGUCAAGUCGUCCCUGACUGGCGAGCAGCUGGCGCAAGUUUCGGCGCGACCUGGCAUGUCUCUGGCGAUGCUACAGGAAGCCGUUGCGCAGAAAUCGUGCGUGCCGGCGUCCGAGCAACGCCUGAUCUUUGAAGGGGAGAUGCUUCAGGAGGAUUUGCUGUCCCAACUCCUGCGGGGGACAUGGCCAGAUGGUACGACGAAAGAAAUUCAGGUCGUCAAGGUGAUGAAGGAAAUAGCGGGCACCCACAUGGGCACCUAUGCGAGUUGCACUUGCACUCCGGCCGCUGACGAAGUUUGCUGGGGCUACAGCGCGAUGGUCAAGAACAUCUGCCCACGAUGUGGCGAGCAGAUCGCAUCUGCGAAAAAGUCAUGGACGGAUGGCUGCCGCAGGAAUGGCGAUGCUUACGGCUGGGUGAUGCUGGUCUGCGAACAUUGUGGCCUGAAGCAAAAACACGGCUGGGACGAUGCAUAG